UGUUUUUCUUUAUUUGGCCACGCCCACUGCUUUAACAUCCCGGAAGAAGGAAAAGGUUGUCCCGUGCAGCUUCUAGUGUAUAAACAUAUCCGGUGUAAUAGCGAUAUAACUUCUCGCGCCAGUGGCCGUUUUUUUCAGAUCAUCGGACACUCCCUGGAUAAAUAAACAGCACAAUGUCAGAAAGAGACGAGGAGUCAUUUAAAUCUGUGCAACUUGAUCAGCAUGCAGCCGAUUCCUCUAAUGCAGACCCCGAGGUCCUUCAGUCCAACCCCAGUGCCCCGUCCACAACUGUCACUCAGAGCACUGGGACUGAGGAGAAGACAUCCGCACCAGCAUCCAGCACCAUCCCCACCCCCACCCCCAUCCCCACCCCCACCACCACAAAUGCAGAACAGGGACAGAAGUGGGCCUCAGCCGUGAACCAGUUCAAGCUCAGGAGAUUCUUUGUCCUUCGGCCUGGGACUCUGGACAGCGCAAUUGAGGACAUCAAAUCACUGGUAGACCAGACGGUGGAUGGUGCUGUCCAGAGUGUUUGGCUACUGGUUGAGAUCGAUCACUGGAACAACGAAAAAGAGCGAGUGGCGUUGAUCACAGAGAAGUCCCUCCUCAUCUGCAAGUACGAUUUCAUCAUGCUAAACUGCGAGCAGAUCCAGAGAAUUCCUCUUAAUCUUGUUGACCGGAUCACCCAGGGUCCCUUUACUUUCCCCCCUCGCUCCCUCCUCACGCGAGAAGGAGAGGGAGUGCGCGUGUUUUGGGACAAGCUCCGAGAGCCCUCAUUAGCAUCACGUUGGAACCCUUUCUCCACUGAUUUCCCCUACACUACACUGACCUACCACCCAGUUCGAAAUGUUAAUGAGAAGCUGUCCACACUUUGUGAGCUUCACAGUUUUAAGGAGCAGUUGACUGCUGCAGCGCAGAAAGCCCACAGUCUGAAUCCCGUCCCAGGGAAAGCCAAUGGUGUUCUUCUUCUGAACCAGCCCAUCCUCAUCGAGGCCUACGUAGGCCUCAUGUCAACCCUUGGCAACCAGAACAAGCUGGGCUACUGCCUAGCAAGAGGCAAUGUUGGUUUCUGAAUGGAAAUUCUGCUUUGAUCAGUUAACAGCUUUAUUGGAGUGAAAGACACUUAAUAGUUGUAUGUUUUGAUAUAGUUCUUAAAUGUUUUUUAAUAAUGUUAAUUCUGUUUGUCUACAUAAACAUAUUGUCCAUUUUUCAAGCUAAGCAUCUCCAAAGAUGUCGACAAAUCAAAGCAAUGUGAUCACUGGCACAUUUAAAUUGUGGUUAAAUGAUCCACUUUGCGGUAAACUAAGGCCAUGUAGGGUUCUCUGUUAAAAUGUUUGCCAAUAUAUUUUUGUCAGAAUGUUUGUUUUAAUCGUAAAAUUUUAAGUUUGAUGUUUAUACAUUAUCAUUUCCAUGAAAAUGAGUCAAGGGGAAAAAAAGAAUGUUACCUUCACUCCUACUCCUGUAAGAACUAGAGAUUAGCCACUAAUAAAUGAUACAAUAUCAUGAUAUUCAAACUGCAGAAUAUUGUUCUUCUAGAUGAUUCGAAUGCUUCAAAGGAGGCUGCUUACAUAGUUGGCAUUAUGGGAGGCAGCGUUUGUGUGCUCGAGAUUUGGAAAGCAGUCUGAGGACAGCUGUCCUUUUUUUUUCAUACUAUUGUCAAGGAGGUUUCCUGAAGAAUGCAAAUAUUACAUGAUAGAUUACAUGAUCACAGUUUAAUGAAAGUUUGAAUAAUAUAAUGGACAGAAUUAAGGAAUAAAUGAAGAAUAAAUUUUUAGAUACAAAAAACAGAUGACACUGUGAGAGUGUGUGUGUUUUACCAUCCAUGGCAUAUAUCAAGUGAAUCCCCCAUGAUUGUACAAUGAGGAGUGUCUCAUACAGCAGGUCAUUUACCACCCUCCUUAGAGUCUCUUUCUCUUUUCAUUUACUCUGUAACAAUUCUGUCAUCAGUCCUACCAUUUGCCGCCCCUUCAGUAAUGCAAUGCUCCUUACAGGCUCCCUGAAGCAUGAAGGUGUAUGUCAUAUUAGCGUGAUGGUAGGAGUCUUGUUUUUAACAGUCAAGCCAUGUGCUGGAAUUUUCCCGGUUUUGUAAUUGCAGUUCUGCUUGUUUAUUUCUUCAGCAAAGUGAACAGAUUAAACACAAAUCUCUGAGUACAGCUGAUGCAGAAACUGAUUCUACAUUCCAUUGCCUUUUGGGAAUCACUCAGAAGUCCUAAAAUGCAUCCCAUGAUGCUAUCACUGCCUGUGUGCAGCCUAUCCUUUUGUUCAGUCCAUUCAUUCCACAUUAUUAAUACAGUGAAAUACAUCCAUUGUGUGUUCUCAAUCUCAAUUGUAUGUAUGUAGUGAUCCAUUUUUAUAAAACCUUUUCAAUACACUAUACAAGCUCUGGGUAAUAAAGUGCAUUCUUUCCA